UAAACAUUAGUCUCAAGUCUUAUUUAUUUAAGUUUAAUCACUUUCUAUCAGUUGUUGUGUUAACUUUUACGCAUGGGCCUCCUCUAAAUAUUUUCCCAGAGACACUCAGCCCUGUGUAUCUUCCAUUUAAAUGUUCGCUGCUGUUAAUUCAGCUACAUAAAUAAAAGCAGUUUGUUGAGAUUUCACCACAUCUCCACAGUAAAUACUCCUCUAUGAGCCAGUUUACAGGAAGACGACUGUAAUGCAGCCAAAGCGUGGGAAUAAAUGGCAACUUUCCGGGUUUUUCUUUAAAGCUUAAUUAGCUCUUGAGGUCUAUAACAUUACAUUAACUCUUACUUAAUUACAGGGUCCUUGUACGGAUGAGUGUAGGGUUCUUUUUGGGAGAUAUUACAUUAUAGUCUUGGUGUCGUUAGAAAGAAAGAAGAAGCUAUAUGGUUCUUAAAUGUGUCUUUUGUUCUUUUAUGGGCAGAGUGGGCCACACAAGCUGUCAAUCUGUAAAAAGAGCGCAUGAUGGAUCACUGAAUUCACUGCGCUGCUUUGGAGUCAGAGUCUGUCUGCGGGAUUGGAGUCGGCGACAAGCCGAGGAAAUGUUUUGGGAAUAAGCCAAUGCACCUUUUGAGCAAACUCGUAUUUAUUUAUCCAUUUAAAGCGAGUUUUAAGUGUCGUUUUCGUUUCAAGCUUUCAAAUUAGUGCGCAAUAGAAAAAGAAUUUCACAGCUAAAACUGCAUAAAUUAAAAGAAAAAAAUACCUGUACUUUCUUAUAUAUUGCAGCAUAACUUGUGUAUUUAUUUAGUUGCAUUCCGAUUUGGUCAGACGAAUAAUUUAGCAGUCCUUGCAGCAACUUUUGACACCUUCAAAACAAUAAUAAUAAAUGAAGUGUGCCCUAUUUUUUUAUUAUUAUUAUUUUGGGGGCCAUUUUUAUUAUCGCAUUUCUAAUACUAAAUCUGUGUUGUUAUUAUUAUUACCCUCGUUAUUCUUAUUAUGUUAGAUAUAUGGUGGUUAUUUUAAUUUUUGUGAUUAAUUUUUCAUUCUGAGCUGCUGUAACACCGCAGUCUGAAAUAGUGUCCUGAUGUUUGUGUUCUUAUCAGAUGGAUGAGCGAGUUUGAUUGAAGCAUUUGUCAUGUAAAUGCGAGCCGUUUGAUGGACGAGCCUGCAGACUUGACAGAGUGCUGUAGGUCCUUUGCCAUUGGCGUUUAGCGGGUCACAUGGUGUGUCAGGAAGGUGAUAUGAGGGUGGAAGGCAGUUUUACAGCUUUGACAUACUACCUAGAAGGUUAGGGCAAAGGGAGCACCGAUUAAUGACUGCUCGGUCUUGAUCAGCUGCGAACAAACAACAGGCCCAGGUCCAGGAUGAACUCAUACUUAGACUACCCCGUGUGCAACCGGGGAGCAAAUAUUUUCAGUGCCAAGGCCGGAUACCACAAUUUGAACCAUGGAUACAUGUCGUCCAACUCGUGCGCAACAAGUGAUAGUUACGCACCAGACGGUCGCUUAGCUGCUGCGACUUCUGCGCCUCACCAGAGCCCGAGCCUCCCUCUGCAUCACCAGACACACGUCAACUUGGAUCUGCAGUUUGCAACACCGGGGAACUCCAUGUAUGGGUCACCUCUGGAGUACGGACAUCACCAGUACGGCCUCGCACCCGAGCAGGACCGGAGCUUCAUUCAUGCGCAGGUUUCACCAAUCGGAACAAACAUGGCUCCCUACACCGGGGACAGCUGUGGGCCUGGUGUUGCAACAGGCAGCCAGUAUCUACAUUUUGGAAACGGGGAUCAGAGGCAGCAAGAAUAUCCAGAGAGUGUUUACACAAGGUUACCGCCCCAGAGUAAGGAGAGGGAUUUGGAGCAUGUGGAGGAAACUUCUAAAACAUUCGACUGGAUGAAAGUGAAGAGGAAUCCACCUAAAACAGCUGUCCUGUCGGAGUUCGGCGUACCCGGCCAGCACAACGUGAUCCGCACCAACUUCACCACCAAGCAGCUGACCGAGCUGGAGAAAGAGUUCCACUUUAACAAGUACCUGACGCGGGCGCGGAGGGUGGAGGUGGCCGCCAGUCUGGAGCUGAACGAGACGCAGGUGAAAAUCUGGUUCCAGAACCGCAGGAUGAAGCAGAAGAAACGCGAGAAACUGGGCUGCGCUUUGGUCAGCGCUGCGGCACCUGUGGAGAAACUCUGCGGCCCUGACACCUCUCCAAAGGCGAAGGGGAAAGACUGUUAACCGUGAUGGGACUUCUGAAAUAAACAAACAAAAAACAAUCUGUGGAGACAGUUUUUAACUUCUUCCCUCAAUCGCACCAUUCCAGAAAAACUGUGAAAAAAGCAUGUGGACUUUGAAGUAUACAGGGUAUGUCUGUGUCUGCUUAUGUGCAUAUCGUGCAAUGAUUAAUGCUGCAUUGGAGAAACUUUUUCAAAUGUCUUUUCAUGCCUUCUUGUAUCUGUAAUUUUCUUAUCAUAAGCCCAUGCUAUGUUUUUUUGUGUGUGUUGGAGCACUGAAGCAUUCAGUGUCAUUGUUUGCACUAUUUAUUUACAGGGUAUUUUCCAACAACUGUGAUGAUUUAGCUUAAUAAAGUUUAUACAAUGAAAAAA